AUGGCCUGCAACAGCUCCUCCUUCCAGCCCUAUGACUAUCUGCAGUCGAACGUAAGCAACGCGUCGGACCUGCGGGCCACGCUGCUGUCUGCCCCACUCCGGAUCUCCCUGGCCGUGCUGAUGCUGUUCAUGAUGGUGGUGGGCUUCCUGGGCAACACAGUGGUCUGCGUCAUCGUGUACCAGAGACCAGCUAUGCGCUCCGCCAUCAACCUGCUGCUGGCCACGCUGGCCUUCUGCGACAUCAUGUUGUCUCUGUGCUGCAUGCCUUUCACUGCUGUCACCCUCAUCACUGUCCACUGGCACUUCGGGGACCACUUCUGCCGGCUCUCGGCCACACUGUACUGGCUCUUUGUGCUCGAGGGCGUGGCCAUCCUGGUCAUCAUCAGCAUGGACCGCUUCCUCAUCAUUGUCCAGCGCCAGGACAGGCUGACCCCACGCAGGGCCAAGGGGGUCAUCGCCGUGUCCUGGGCUCUGUCUUUCUGCAUCGCAGCCCCCUCGCUAUGGGGCUGGACGCUGGUGGAGGUGCCUGCUCGUGCCCCGCAGUGUGUGCUGGGCUACACUGAGCUCCCGGCUGACCGUGCCUAUGUGGUGACGCUGGUGGUGGCCGUGUUCUUUGUACCCUUCGGUGUCAUGCUCUGCUCCUACCUGUGCAUCCUCAACACGGUACGCAAGAACGCAGUGCGCGUGCACAGCCAGUCGGACAGCCUAGCCCUGCGGCAGCUGACCCGGGCCGGCCUGAGGCGGCUGCAGCGGCAGCAGCAGGCCAGUAUGGACUUGAGUUUCAAAACCAAGGCCUUCACCACCAUCCUCAUCCUCUUCGUGGGCUUCUCGCUCUGCUGGCUGCCACAUUCCGUCUACAGCCUGCUGUCGGUGUUCAGCCGGAGCUUCUACUAUGGCUCCUCCUUCUACACCGCCAGUGCCUGCGUGCUGUGGCUCAGUUAUCUCAAGUCGGCCUUCAACCCCAUCGUCUACUGCUGGAGGAUCAAGAAGUUCCGCGAGGCCUGCAUGGAGCUGCUGCCGCAGCCCUCCCACAUCCUCCCCAGGGUGCCUGAGCGCGUCCAGCGGCGCAUCCGGCCAAGCACAGUCUACGUGUGCGCCGAGAACCAAUCGGCUGUCUAG